UUUUAGAAAAACGAUUGAUUGUUUAUUGAUACAGAGCACCGUAUCGCAAAUCAAAUCAAGAAUGUGAUUUAUACCAUAAAAGUUUUAUAGAUACUUCUGUUGAGAAGUUUAUCUUAAAAGAAAGACAUGAUAGAUAACAAAUUUGCCGUUAUGAAGUUUAUAACAAGACACAAACUCCUGUUUGGUUGCCUUAUUGCAGCAUGGAUUAUAGGCAUGAUAUUCACAGUUGUCCUCAUCAGCAGAAGUACUCGUUCACAAAUAAAAGUACCAAAAACAUCACAUCCAUUGAUUCAUCCUCUUCAACACAAUCGUUUACCUCCUGCAUCGAGCUUCAAAAUGGUGAAAGCUCUUCGUUAUUGCAACCCACCAAAUGAUAUGACUCCAGGCCAGGAAGGGAAAUCACCUGUUAAUGGUACUCUAGAGUUUGUGGCUGUAAUGACACGUCAUGGUGACAGAUCUCCCCUCAGACCAGUCAGAAACCAGUCAAUCAUCAAUUGUGGAACUCAAAGUACUCCUCUUCUUCAAAAAUAUAUGAAAACUUUAAAAUAUCUGCGGGGAUCUUCCAAGCAUUUGUCGCCAUUUGCAAUGUUUCCAUUGCAGCCUGCUGAAAAUACUUGUACACCAACACAUAUGACACUUCUUGGGGCUCAUCAACUGCUUAUGGUUGGUCAAAUACUCCAUAAGGCUUACAUUGAAGAUCACGGAUUGCUCAGUAAAAACUGGACAUCAGAUCAUAUCAAACUGUACAGUACAGUUUUUUCAAGAACGUUUCAAAGUGCUGUAGCAUUCCUCUUUACAUUUCUGCCAACUUUCAAUGUCUCGAACAUUCGAAUUAUUCCAUCAAGAGAUGAUAGGUUUUGCAUGUCAGAUUAUUAUUGUCGAUGUCCUUUGGCUGAUUACCUGGAUAAGCAGAAGGUUUAUAAAAAGAGGCGAUUAAUGGCAUCUCAUCCUGCUGUGCUACAUUUGAUGCAGAAGCUGAAUCCAAUUGUCAAACAUGAUCCAAAUCAUUCCAAUAUAUUUGAUCCUUUUGAAAUGUUUGAUUGUACGAUGGGUUAUGUAUGCCAUGGUUCUCAUUUACCAUGCAUACCUGGCACAAAUGAAUGUGUCACUUUUGAACAUGUUCGAAAUUUAAUUGCCUACAUGGAUUGGGUUGGACGGCAGUUUGUGAGGGACAGUAGUAACACUAAGGCUGGCAUGUUAAAUAUGCAUGGAUUUCUUAACCAUUUGCUCAGUAAUAUGAGGGCUUAUAUCAGUGGGAAGGAAGCUACUCGCUUUAUUUUAUAUUCUGGGCAUGAUAUAACAUUGGAACCACUUUCAGCAGCUCUUGGUAUUGAUGAUGGUAAUUUGAUUCCAUAUGCUUCCAGGAUCGUUUUUGAAUUGUACAGUCAUUCGGUAAACAGUAAGUUAAAAUAUGUCCUGAAGAUUCUUUACAAUGGGAAGGAUGUCACAAAAUAUGCAACUUUCUGCAAAUCCUUCUUUAAAGAAUCUUUAAAAUCAUCAAAUCCUUCUGAUUAUGGUAUCUGCCCAUUUGAAAGUUUCCAAAAGUAUAUAGAAGAGUUUGUCACAAAUGCUGGUGCUUCUUCAUUUCAAGCUCUUUGUAACACUGUACAGCCAAGUUCGUAUCCUUUUGAGGCUACAUACAGUUCCUAUGUUUAUGAAUCAUAUAAACCAUAGCAUAGCUUGUUAAUAAAUGAUUAAAGAUUUCUC